UAGUUUUAACUGUUUCUUCACUGAUAAAUGAUCUCUUCACCUAUGUGUUAUCAGUAAGCAAAGAAUAAGGACAAAAUGUUGCUUUACAUUAUAUUCAACUUUCUUAUAUGUGUAUGACCGUUUCUCUGUUUAUAGGGUGGUUCAGUCUCAUGGUGAUGGAAGAAAAAAAAAGGAUUAUUGUCAGCAAAACGGUUUAAGUUGAAAUAAUAAGUCUUUUAAAAUAAUUUUCUACCAGUUGAUAAAAAGUCAGUAUCUCUCUGAGAUGGCACUGAUUGCAAUCGAAAAUUGAUUUUAAAUGGAAUAGAUCACGAGGUUGUUCAUUAAUUAUCUAAGUUUCAGGAGAAAUACUGAGUGAUGUUUCAUUUAAAAUAAAAAAAAAAUAGAAUUGGGGAUUAAUCUCUAAGUUUAUAGGUACAUGUGCAUUGCUUGAUCGCGCACACAGAUGGCAGGUGUAGGUUUAGUUUCCAUCCAGCUCUUCGCUCAGCAGACACAGUCACCCUGCUGAGGGACGUCACGCUGCUUUUUUCCGACGCUACAAAAACAACACCUCCAAGAGAAUCUUGAUUUUUCGAAGAUGGAAAAGAAUAUUGGGUGUAGAGAUCAGGACAUCAGACAUCGCGACACAGACUGGGAAACAGGGUCAAAUCGGACAACAACUUUAUAAGUGUGGUGGAUGUGAGAGUUUUAUUUUGAAGUACCGUUUUCUGCCGCGCGGGGCGACUGGAGACUGGAAGCUGCUGCUGCACGACGCACGGAGAUGAACUCAUCGGCGACAACCUCACCUAUAGGUUUGGGAAUCACUGGACUCAACUACCUAACUUGGAUUGGGGCGGCUGUAUCUCAGGAGAUCAAACAGGCGGUUUAGUCGGCGUGUUGAAGAUGUUGACGACACAGCGGUCCAACAUCGGUCCGAGCACCAGUCGACAUGGAUGGAAAUGAGAGGUUGCCCUAAAUUCCUGAUGCAGAUAUGAUGGGAGGCAAUUGAUGGGAGUUCCGGCUCAGAUCAGGACAAAUAUGAAUGCAUUUUAAAUUACCAGACUAAACUGUGGCUGGUCCGAAACACUGUCCGGUCGAUGUGAGAACGUAGAAGUUGUGUUCCGCAAUAGAUGUUCAAUCCCAAUGUGGAUGUGCUGGAUUGCCAUUAGCUUAAUUAAUUUGAUUACACUUUGUUGAUUUAGAAAUGGUGACAGACUCAAAUUAGUGAAAUCAGAUUUGAGAUUUGUUAAUGGUCUUAUCCCGGAUACUGUACUGAGCAUCCGACUUAAUUUGAUGUGAAGGUAAGUAACAAAAGUGACGCACGGUCUGCCUUCAGCCCACAAGUAAGGUCAAGGUAUGUCACCUACCGUUCUGCCAAUCAGUGUCAUCUAUUCAAUUAUCAAACCUUAUGAUUAUUUAGGUUAACUCACCUAUUAAUUAACCCGUCACUGACAAAUCCAGAUACAGAUUUGUCUGUAAAUUUAAGACAUUGAAAUAGAAGAAGUACAGAGAUUAUUUCUUUCAGUCAAGUUAACGCGUGUGUACAGAAGACACCCUAACCCUAAAUUCUGCAUAAUUCUAUAUCACUGUCAGUUAUGGCAUCCGUCUGUCUGUCUGUCUCUCUUGACCUUUCAUGAAGCUAACUUUAAGCUCGUAUUGAGUUACUUAGGGACACUUAAUACAUAGAAAACAAAGGCUGACUACAUUAAUGACCAAAUCUACCUCAUGGAAGCAUGAGCUAUGUUAAACAAGCAAAAAUGACUCACAAUAAGCAGAAACCUACAUGUCAAACAUCACAAGCAUCUUUUCUUUGCAGAGAAUUCAAAAUGUCUUUUUGUUUCUUUCUUGUCUAUGGCACAUAAACAAUUGCAGUUACUGUUCUGUUGUCAACAAUGGACUUUUGUUGUGGAAUGUGCUCUUCAAAUAAACAUGAGACAUUUUAUACCAUAUGUUCUUGAUCACUGAUAGUGUCACUCUGGCCCAAGGAAGAUAGGCAUUAAACAUUGUCUUUCCAGCCUGUGACAGUAAGCUUUCUCCUAUCUUAUCCAGGUCACGUCAGGUGUGAGACUGAAGUUAAUCACAUUAGACAAUGACGCCUACAGUUCUUACAUAUUGAUCUGGUCUGGCCUGAAAAAGCAAGCAAAUGCAUAAAGAUUAAACGCAGCAAGCAAGGAAGGAAAGUAAGGAAAGUCCAGAGAGUUCUCAUCUCCAGGUCUUAAAAUACAUUUCGUCUUCACAACGUACACUUUAAUGUCUGAAUGAGACUCACCAGGCAUUUAUCUAUCUGCAGUAUAACACAAUCUCUAGCAAUAUUCAGCGCUCGUAACAAGAGUAGCAUAAAGAAGACAUUGGGGAACACAAGAAACAGCUGUUUGUGUUGCAUGUGUGUGAAACUAAAAGUCAAUGUUUAUUGUAUCGUGUGCUUAUUUUAUCUACAUUCACACAUCACAUGAAAACACACAUGAAAGUGCGUGUUCUUUCCAUUAUUUGAAGUAUAUUAUUUCUGAAUGUUUAAUCUCAUCGGCCCAUAUUUAAUACAAAAUGACCGGUGCAAUAAUUGAUGUCCUUAGAGGAAAGGCAAAUAAUGUACACUACACUAUAAACUUAGACAGUCCUUUGGAUUCCAGCUCUGGUUGGCUUCUUAAAAAGAAGUUUACUGAAGGCCUAGAUAAUGUCCUGAAUGAAAUGAACUUUAUUACUGUCUUUAAUCAGGAUUAAGAGAGUUCAUCCGGAUCUGGAAAUCAGAGCAAAUUACAUUGGGUGCUAGGCCCUGUAGCAAGUGUUAAGGCCAAUUAAUGACUCUUACGAGCUAUUUGGCAUCUUAUAGUCCUGUAAUCCAAUUUUGGCAUGUUAACGAUUGGGUUAGUGGUAAGGUAUAAAAGUCACACACAGCAGUCCUGACUCUGUCCAUCAGCACUUUCAGGUUCUUUAGGAGAAGAAACUCAAUAGAACAACAGACCUAUCAAGAUGGUUUGGGACGGCGGAAUCGAGCCCAAUGGCACUGAGGGCAAGAACUUCUACAUCCCCAUGUCCAACAGGAGUGGGAUCGUUAGAAGUCCUUUUGAAUACCCGCAGUACUACAUGGUGGAUCCCAUGAUUUACAAGCUUCUGGCUUUCUACAUGUUCUUCCUGAUCUGCACUGGAACUCCCAUCAACGGUCUGACAUUGUUGGUAACGGCUCAGAACAAGAAGCUCCGGCAACCUCUCAACUACAUCCUGGUCAACCUGGCUGUGGCUGGACUGAUCAUGUGCGCCUUCGGAUUCACCAUCACCAUCACAUCUGCUAUGAAUGGCUACUUCAUCCUCGGAGCCACCUUCUGCGCUAUUGAGGGGUUCAUGGCCACGCUCGGAGGUGAAGUUGCUCUCUGGUCACUGGUCGUCCUGGCUAUAGAGCGAUACAUUGUCGUCUGCAAACCCAUGGGAAGCUUCAAGUUCAGUGGAACUCACGCUGCAGCUGGAGUCAUCUUCACCUGGAUCAUGGCUCUGGCUUGCGCUGCUCCCCCUCUUUUCGGCUGGUCCAGGUACCUUCCUGAGGGUAUGCAGUGCUCCUGUGGACCCGACUACUACACCCUGGCUCCAGGCUACAACAAUGAAUCAUACGUCAUUUACAUGUUCGUCGUCCACUUCUUCAUCCCUGUCUUCCUCAUUUUCUUCACCUAUGGAAGCCUUGUGAUGACAGUCAAAGCUGCCGCAGCUCAGCAGCAGGAGUCAGAGUCCACCCAGAAGGCUGAGAGGGAAGUGACACGCAUGUGCGUCCUGAUGGUCUUGGGCUUCCUGGUAGCUUGGACUCCAUACGCAACAUUUGCCGGCUGGAUCUUCCUGAACAAGGGAGCUGCCUUCACCGCCCUGACAGCAGCUCUCCCUGCCUUCUUUGCAAAGAGCUCAGCUCUGUACAACCCUGUCAUCUAUGUGCUGUUCAACAAACAGUUCCGUAACUGCAUGCUGAGCACUAUUGGAAUGGGCGGCAUGGUGGAGGAUGAGACCUCAGUCUCUACCAGCAAGACAGAAGUGUCUACUGCCUCCUAAAUACAGAGACAUUUUCUUAUACCUGGACAUUUUCCUUUUUACUGUCUAUUGGAUCUGGAAUAAUCCUCAGUGUGUACUGAGUGAAGUUCAGGGAUGUGAACACCUCCUGGAGCAAACUCAUGAACUGUAUCUAAUCUUUCAUUUAAAGGCUACUGGGAAGUGUUUGUCUUCUUGAUGUCAAUUCAAAAUCAAUGCACAUAAUGACAAGAUUUGUGAAGGAGUGUAUGUGGAUGCUCACUUUGUCUCCCCCUGCUGUCGGAAGCAGUGUCCUUUAAAAAUUUCAGCUAACUGGCAUCAUUGAAUCUACAUGACAUCCUUUCAAAAGCGUUUGGUUUGAUGCUUUAACAUCAGUGGGAACACAUUUUGUACUGUUUUGUACUGUUUAUGAGCAACUACAUACAAUGAAUAACUCUAUUUUUGU